CACUACUUUGUUCCUAGCUCUAUACUUCAUAAGUCAAAACAAAUAAUUAUUUGUUCACGUUUGCUUAUAAUUCUCAUGAUUCUCUUUAAUUCUUACAUUAUAUCAGAGGCAAGCCAGGAAAAGUGAGCUUCUCAAAAAAUAAAUGAAAUUUAUAGCAUGGAAAAGGUCCCACCAAGCCUUUGGAGAUAGAUAACUGAACACAGUUCUUAACCACGAAGUUGGGCAUCUUUAUCAGAAGUUAUAUUAAUAAAGAUUACUAUUGUACGAAACUUAAGAAAGCUAAAUUCAUAAUAAUCUUCAAAUUAUGAUGUCGCUCUGUACCUACGUAUUGAGAGGCUCAAAGCUUCAUAAUUUAUUGAAUGAUGUAAAGAGUUUAUCAUCACAUUAUGUACAAACUCAGCUACAAGAUGUAAAUGAAAGUAGUCACUAUGAAAGAGAUAAAGCAGAAAAUUUAUUACAGACUACUAAUGCUGAUUUAUCUAAUGUUACUCCAUACCUCCAAAAUACUUUUAACAUUGCUGCAUAUGUAAACAAAUCUGAAACAUUGAAACAACUAGUGAAGCUUAAUGUAAAUUUGAGUGUUAUUGAAAAGAAACCAUACAUUAUGGAAAAAUUUUUGAAAUUAGACUUUGAACGCAAUAUGAAAUGCCAUAUAAUAUUUUUAAGUGACCUGAUUGGAAUGGAAAAUAUAGGUGAAUUUAUAUCAAAAAAUCCUAUGAUUUUUUAUGAGCCCAUAGAACACCUCAAGGUGCGAAUAAAUUACCUGCAAUCAAAGGGUUUUAUGUAUGAUCAAAUUAAUAGGAUAGUGUCGAAAAAUCCUUUUUGGUUAAAUUUUAGUACUAUAAGAAUUGACAGAAGAUUUGGAUUUUUUCAGCAAACAUUUGAUUUAAAUGGAAAUGAAGUGAGAUAUUUAGCAACUAAACUACCCAAAUUAAUAACCUACAAUAUACAGUUUAUUAAAUUUAAUUAUUUUGCUAUAAAAGAAGAAUUUGGAUUUGAAGACCUAGAGAUAAAAAAACUGCUUUUGGAUAAGCCAAAAAUAUGGAUGAUAAAUCAAAAAGUUCUGGGACAAAGAUUCAAUUAUAUACACAAUAUCAUGAAAAUUUCUCAUAGUGCCAUAUUGGAGAGUCCAGAAGUAUUGUUGUCAAGGAAUUUUAGAAUAAAACAAAGACAUAUGUUUUUAGAAAAGCUUGGCCGAGCUCAGUAUGAUCCAAAAAAAGAAAAUUAUAUACCAGUAAAAUGUUUAAUAGAGGAUACAGAUGUUGAAUUUUGUAAAAAGUAUGCCAAAUCAAAUGUAGAUGAUUUCAAUAUGUUUCUGAAAACAUUGUGACCUCAACCAGUUUUACCUAACAACAUUUUGCUUUGAAAUGCAUUCAGGGAAUGAUAUAAUAGAGUAUCAAGUAUUCCAGCCACAGUAAACACUCCGCCAACUAUAGCACAAAUGUUUGUAGCAAGAUGUCCAAUGGACCUGAAAAAUCAAAAUUCUUGUCAAACAACAAAGUAUCCAAGGGUAUCCAAAUACAGAAGGUCUAUUCUAGGCAUAAGAUGAAUACGCUAGACAUAAAUAUUGAUAAGCAAUAGAUAUACUUAUAUUAAAAAGAAAACAUGAAUUACUAACUUAGUUAUUCAAGAACAAGAUAAGAAUAUAAAUGUUCUUAGUUAACUAAAUAUCUGUUAACAUAGCAAAAUAGCACACUACAAUUGCAGACAUAAUAUUCACAGUUAAUUAUAGAUGGAUUACGUAAAGCUGGCGCGUACCAGACGUCCAUGUUACGCAUUUGUGAUGACUGUGAAUAAAUAUUCGUUCGCAAUCAUGACGACGCAUUGCUUUCGUAUCAAUAAAGUAAAAAAAUACA